ACACACCACUCAUAACCUGGUCAUUCUUUUUAUAGCAAUCACUGGGGCAGCAUGGAUACUCGGAUAAUUCCAAUAAUUUCAGGCAUGAUUCUGUUCCUCUUCACCUGGAUUCGGUCAACGGCCGAGGCGCUGAGCUUACCAGAGAAGAAUUUCACACUGUCCAUAGUGCAAGAGAAAGAUGGGAAUACAGCAUAUAUCUAUAACAUCCACAGUCUUCAGAUGCCUGACUGGGAGCAAGUACCUGAAGAGAUACUAAGAAGAAUGUGUCCGUGUCACCCAGGAGAUACUAAUCAAACACCACCACCACCACAGCCAAUAAAUAAUGCAAAUCACAACAAUAACAACAGGUAUAUUAAUUCAACACAGGUGUCCAUUUUGGAGGAGAUGUUUCGGGAACAGAGUGCUAUGAAGGAUAUACUGGAACAGCAAGCCAGAGAGAUAAUGGGACAACAAUAUCAACUUCGGGAAUUCAAGAUCAGACUCGCAACACAGGAGCGCUACUCACGGAGACUAGAGCACAGAUUAGCCAGGUUGGAAAAUAAAAGCAACUCUCACAACGAAACACAGCGGCAACAAUUGCAGAUUUCCUCUCAGGAAAAGGAAAUACUAAAUCUCAAGGCUAGAAUGGAAGAAAUAAUAAAAUUGUUGGCAAAGAAAUCCCAUGUAUCCGCUCCCAUCAAAAUUGACAAAUUAGAUAAUUCAAGCAGCGGGGAUAUCAUGCAAAGUGACAUGCCUGCCUUAAGUGUUCCUACUCAAAGACCAGAGAUAAAGUUAUACCGAGAUUGUUCUGAACUCUAUGGCAAUGGACAUACCCCGGGCGGUGUAUUUAAAAUUCAUCCUUCCAACAGCAGCGCACCCUUUGAAGUUGUGUGCGACGGCAAGUGGACAGUUAUACAAAGGAACCACCUCCACAGCAGGACCAACUUUGAUAGAGGUUGGAAAGAUUACAAAGAUGGCUUCGGCAACUUUGACUCUGACUUCUGGUUAGGAAAUGACAAGAUCCAUCGGCUGUCUAGCGUCAAAACCCGGCCAUUCAUGCUCAAGAUAGAAAUCUGGAACAUCUAUGAAUCCAAGAGCUUCUAUGCACAAUAUGGCUACUUCAGAGUGGCAAACGAGGCCAAGAACUACUCCCUCCACGUACAGGGUUACUCUGGCAAUGCAGGCGACAACCUCAACUAUGGCUCCAUCCUGGGACCAUUUUAUCACCACGGGAGAGCAUUUACGACACUGGACAGAGACAAUGACCGGUGGCAUGCUGGGAACUGCGCCCAGACCAAUGGAGGGGGUUGGUGGUACGACAACUGCCUGACUGCAGACUUGAAUGGGGACCUGUACUGGUAUCCCUUGGGAACCAUCAGUAAAAGUGUCAUGAAGAUCAGACCUAUUGAUAACUCAUAGCACUACUUGACACAAUGAGAUACCUUUCACAGUGUAGCAUAAUAUGUUGGAUAUAACUUGGUUUCCAGUGAGACACAAGACCCUGAAAUCUAUGUUAGGGAAAUAAUUCAUAUAAUACAAUGACUCAAACUGCUGUCACGCCAGCUGACACCCAAUAUGACAUGUAUGGAAGAUAACAAUAAGACUACAAAAAGCACACUGGCAUACCCAAUUUAUUUUCACAGCUAACACACUGCCACGCCCAAUGUGCAGUCCCAGCUAACACUGUCACAUCCAAUGUGUUGUCACAGCUAACACACUGUCACAUCCAAUGUCUUGUCACAGCUAACACACUGUCACACCCAAUGUGUUGUCACGGCUAACACACUAUCAUGCCCAAUGUGUUGUCACACCUAACACACUGUCACACCCAAUGUGUUGUCACACCUAACACUAUCUAAAUCCACAUGCAUUAUUUGAAGUAUAGCUCCAUCACUGCCAAAACUCUCAGGUCUCGAGAAGUGUAUUGCAGAGUAUGUCUUUCAAAUAUCUUGUUUGUUAAUGUUAAAUACUAAAGGAAACAGGUCACACACAAACGCACACACACCAACAGACUCUCAGAGACAUUACCCGAUGAGAAACAGUUCUGUCAAGAACAAAUGGAUCCCCAAAGACUUCAUGUUAAUUAAAUAACUACCGCUGUAUCACUGCCAAGAAUAAUCCCACGAGAAAUCAUGAUCAUAUUAAAGUCAUCACCUGC